AUGAAAUCGAUUAUUACCCUGGUAUUGGCUAUGUUAUGGGCUCCAACGACGUACUCCUACCUUUGGACUUUAUUAGGUUAGCCUUUUCGAGUAUAAAUUACAACUUUUCGCUUCAGGAUGCUGCACACCGUACACCUAUACACCACCUGUAUAUCCUGUAGCGUACCCGGCAGUUUAUCCAGCAACUUACACGUCUUACGCAGCAGCGCCGCAAGCUACGUUCACUUACGCAGCUUCUCCGAAGUAUAUCGUUCAGCAGAAACCAGCGCCGACGUCAGUUUGAAAAUAUUUUGAGGGGUCCAAUGCUGUAUUAUAUACGGAGUUUGUUAUUUAGCCGUAGCUUUACCUUAUUAAAAGCCACUUCAUUUCAAAAAGUAGAUUUUUAAGCCUGAAAACUACGAAAUUAACGAUCUUAUCGAAAUAUUUCAGCUUGAAAUCGAUACAAAUCAAAAUUUAUCAAAAUUCUUUUCGAUUUAUGUCUCAUGAAGCCUGAUAGGACCGAGAGAAGCUGAUUAUCAUCAGUUUCAAAUUUUGUUGAAGAGUGUCUAGAUUUCGAGCUUUAUGUCCAUUUUAUAUGCAUAUAUUAUCAUUUUUUUAAAGCGUCUGGUGAUUUUUAAUAUUUUUCAGAUAUUCUUUAAAACAGCCCUACGCCUCGACCUACGACGCUGAAGGUCGAGUUUACUACUACUACGAGCACAAGUGAUCACUUUUUCUGUUAUUCAAUAAACUUUGCACCCGCAUGUUGCAUGUUUCAAUAUUUUUAAAAUAAGCUGCAUGGUUUCUGUAUAAAAAAAUAAAUGAAGAAUAAAUGAACGUGGUUUUUUUGAAGAAGCAGAAGUUAUGCAUGGCCUGGAAUGAAAACGGCUUUUCUCUUCGAAAUAUUUUCUGUAUUUCUUGGAAAACCUCUAAAAAGAAUUUCGGAACAGACUCGCCCUUGUUCAAGACUCAUAAAAAGGCAUCGUUUCAUAAAAUUUUCAACUGAAAUAAUUAUUUCGAACAUCCCCUUGAUCAAAAUUUGUAUCGAGACUUUCUUAAUUCAUCAGUUUCUCCGUGCGCAGAUCCUUUUAGUUUUAUUUUUUGGUCAUGUAGAACUUUUACUUCCAAAAGUGAAAUGAUGUUUGCAACAAGAUUAUUUUGGUCCUUGUUUCUCUACUUUCCAAGUCCGAUGAAACAAGUCUUCUGGAUGAGCUUACAGAAAAACGUUAAUUGGAACCACUAACUUAUUUUCUAUAGACUGACUUGUUACAAGUUUGUUUACAGUUUCCACGCACUUCCCACAGUACAAAAUGAUGUCGACCAUGUUGACUGGACCACCUGCAGGUUUUUAUUUUUUCGAAUUUCGGAUUUUUCAUAUAGAAACAAAUUUAGCCCAACCAUCGCCGUAUCAGCAACAGCUUUUCUGGUCUCAAGAACCGAAUCGAACUGAAUUAAUCCAAAAUGAUCAAAAUGCGCGUCGAUUAAUAAGUGAUCCAACGGUUCAACGUAUGUUUUCUUUUGAUGACCUCGGUCUUCCUUAAGUGAUCACUAGAGGAUCAUUAGGACACUAUAAGGAAUGUUAUCUUCAUUUCGGGAUCACUUGAAGCAGCGCUGAAAUAAGAAAAAAAAAUUGAUAAAAAACUAUGAAUUUGAAGCUCCCCAUCCCGUCACAAAACUUGAGGAAGAUGAGAAUAUGAAGAAGCUAAUGCAGGAACUUUCGCGGUACUCUCCUGAAACGGUUCGGUGUUUUUUAUGAAUGCAAAAUACGAUUCUGUACUUGAACAGGUCAAAAAAGAGUUGAAAAAAUAGAAGAACAUCUUCAAAACAGCGUUUUGGUAAUUUUCUUUGGUUCAAAACAUUUUGGCUUUUUUUUGGUAAGUUUUAUCGCAUCUGAACUUCACCCAGUUUGUCUUAAUUUUUGAAUGAUCAGGUUAGACUUUUAAAAAGCAAUUCAGAUUAACUACUUCAAGGAAAAAACGCCCGUCGCUCCCAAAAUUAAAACUUUCACAUUCAAAAAAGUGAACAAGAACAAGAACAAGGUUGAUUUUGAGGCAAUUAUUUGAAGUUUCUCAAAAUUUUCAGAAGCCCGAGCAGGAAAAGCGAAAACAAUGGGAAACCGGUGAAUAAUUGACUUGUGAUUCGUUAAAAAAAUUUUUUUUAGAAAAAGAAGAGGUUGUGAAGGACAGGAACAAAGUGUGCGAUGAUGACGUCUGCGAUGAGGGCUUCAUUCCGAUCGGAGUCGGACCGAAGCCGCCACAGGCGUCCGACGAGCCCGCACAGCUCCCGCCGAACAUCAGGAACAAGGUUUGAUGAUGAAGAGUCAAUGAUUAAAGAUAUAUUGACGAAAAUGUGUUUGAAAAACAAGGUUUAGGCGGCCAAGAUAUGUACUUAAAGAAAUGCUCAAAGAGUAUUUAAAAAUUCCUUCUGAAAAGAAACAGGAAAAAAUUGGAACCGUCAGCUUUUUUUUCGAUGAAAAGGUCAAAGAAUGACGGUAAAAUUGUAUACGAAUAACGACUAACCUCUCAAGUGACCACUCUCUCUCAAGACGUCAUUCAUUUUUAGAUCUCCCUUGACGCCGACGAGUCCUUCUUCUACUGAAAUGACGUCAUCAUCCACAACCUACGAAUACCGGUCUUUCCCCAUUCCCUGUACAUCAUGCUCAAGAAAAAUAUAUUUAUAAUUUAUAAAUAACUUGACCAAAUGUGGCUGUUUUCUUGACUAUCUUGACUAUGUGAGACAAUAGAAUAAUACUGUUUCAUGGUCACAAAAACAAAAACAGGUUUUUUGCCAAUGGCGACCCCACCCUGAGGUGUCGCGGCCAGUGUUUGACUUUGAUAGUCUCCACGACGUCCGAGUCGAGAGGAAUGAGGUCGACGAUGAUUCUGAUGGUUGUCAUGGUGGUCGGCGUCGGCGCCGCCGACAUCAGCGCCAUGCUCAAUCUGACUGACGUCUUCGACACCAUGCCGAAGGUUCGGAACAAGCUGAGGAAGCCGGAUUUAGCGAUGGAGCGUGGUUUUACAAAGAGUCUUUUCCUCCUUGUUUACCGGAUUACUUUCGAUUCUUUCGAUAGUUUGUUAACGUUGUUUUUUGACUUUGUCAGAAGCCACCAGAAAAAAGUAAAGUUGACAUUGAAUUAAGUUUUUUUUUAUCCGUUCCCUCAGUGACUUUGAAAAGGUGUUGAACUUGCUCGCUUACGAUUUUAUAAAGUGUUCUCAUAAAUCCAAGGUCCUUAAGCUGAACAGGAUUAGAAUGCGGUCAAAGUUUCUUUGAAAAUAAAAGAACACAGCAAAGUCAAAAUUCAAAAAUUUUCUAGUCAAAGUGAAAAAUGGAAUAUCGCAGGAAUGCACCAAAAACGGCAAAAAGUUCAAAGAAGGCGAGGAUUUCGAGUUUGGAAAUCUUCGCUACAAGUGCCAAAAGUAUGGCGUCUACUCGAUCGAAGGUAUUAUUUUUCAUUAUAUUUUUUUUUAGAAACGAAUGGAAAAACAACAUUUAUCCCAGGCUGUCAAACCGACGACAAAAAGCAUCUGAAACUGGGAGAAUCAGUGACGAUUGAAAACAUCCGGCACCAGUGUCUUUCCCACGAUUCGACCGUUUAUUACAGACAGACAGUAACUUUUGAUUACUUUUUUUCUAAAAGAUAUAAAUAUAAAUCUUUGAAGACCUGCGGAAUAAUGGGCCAGCCGAGUUGUGACGAAGUUCCGCCGCCGGAGAGAUUCCUCGAAGCGACCAAAAAAUCGGCCUCCAGUCAAAAAUCCGUGGCAAGUUACUAUGAAACGAAACAAAAUGAAAUCGACUCCAUUUUUUGAUUAAAAAUGAGAUAUAUUCAGAAAAACAGUUGUGGCCACUUCCUCAAUAACUUUUUGGAGAGAACACUAAAGUUGCCACUAAUACGACUUAAAUAAAAGCCAUUAUUUUUGUUUAGCGGCCACUAUAGUUUUUAGAAGUCUAGUGGUACAACUUAGACUUCUAAAAAGAUCAUUAGAUUUCAACCACUUAGGUAGUUCCUAAUUUGACCACUGUAGUGGCCACUAAAACUUUGGAACCCUAAAAAGGCCAUAUAAAAUUUUCCCAGUUUUUGAAUGACGUCAUUGUACUUGACGAUCAAAGUUUGAAGAGACUCUACUAGGAGGGAUGUCUUCUAGGUCUUUCGAUUAAUUCAGAGCUAGGGGUCUCUUAAGUGGUUUCUACAAGGAACUCUCCCUUUGGCAAAGGGUCUUUGCUCAAAAAACAGCUCUUAUGGAGUCUUUCCGUGAAAGUUCGAUUUCAGAAGCACCUCGGUGAGGUCGGCAACUUGCCACCUGGCUGGCGAGUGGUCGACGGCGGCACGAAACGCGUUGAGGGCAGCAAUGCGACAAUAAUCACUAAAAUCAUCGAAUUCAGCCCGAUUUCCUCCCAGGACAAGUAUGAAUGUACUAUAAACUUGAAUAGCUUGAGGAUUUCUACAUGUUUCUUCAUUGAAAUGAAAUUUUUCAAGGCUUAGAGCUCGGAGAGAGUCCGGAGAAGGCGUUGGAGGCGUGGUCGGUGUUGAAACCUUCAUGGAUCCUGUAAGUCAUGUAGGGUUACUGUAAAUCUCUUCAGAGUAUUGCAGAUCUUCAAAAUGGACUGUGAAAAAGCUCAUUUCAUCUGUUUAUACAAUUUUUUUUUCCAGCAACGUCCACAAAUGCCAACCAGCAUGCUGCCGACGAAAACCACCCAAACAGUUGGAGCCAACUUGAGAUUAAUCAAGUGAGCCAUUCAGGGUGAAAAAGCUUACAAAGAGGAUAAAAAGGGUCAUCCAAAUCCGUUGAAAUAAGCGAUUCUUGGAUUCUCCCAAAAACUAGAAAAUUUCACAGAUUGAUCUUUCGAAAAUCGUCAUCGAGAAGUUUUUUAGAAUUUUUGAGGUGAUUCUCAAGCACACAGUGACAGUAUCUUUUUUUUUUUUUGAAUUUUUCCCAAGCCAAGGUUGAUCCUUUUUCUAUUUUCCAGAAGCGGCGGAAAGGGAGAAGCCGGCUUGGAAGAUUUGAACGCCAGAUCGCCGACCGUCACUGACAACCGUUUCAAGGUUAAGAUCAAAUUUUGAAAAGUUCAAAAGAUUGUUUUUUAGGCUGGCACCAUGUCCGGCUCGAGGUCUUUCCUCGACUUCAAGAACAAGAAGAUCAUCGUCAACGGGAAAACGGUGGGCACCGGCGAGGGGACCUUCACUUUUGGCAACAAGCCAACGCAAUCUUGA